CCGGAAAUAAGGAACGGCUCCGCCCCCCUCUCUUCCUUUCCUUCCCCUGGCUCGGCGGUGAGAGGUGCACCACAAUGUCGGCUCACUUGCAGUGGAUGAUUAUCAGGAACUGCUCUAGUUUCUUGAUUAAGAGAAACAAGCAAACCUACAGCACUGAGCCCAACAAUCUGAAGGCCAGGAACUCCUUUCGUUACAAUGGGCUCAUCCACAAGAAAACAGUCGGCAUUGAGCCCGCUGCUGAUGGAAAGGGUAUUGUUGUUGUCCUGAAGAAGCGUGCUGGCCAACGUAAGCCUGCUACAUCAUACGAGAAAAUCACCAUCAACAAGAACUCACGUGCCACACUCAGUAGUGUGCGCAAUAUUAUCCGCAAGAACAAUUACAGGAGAGACCUUCGUAUGGCUGCUCUUCGUCGUGCAAGUGCUAUCUUGAGGAGCCAGAAACCCGUUGUGGUGAAGAAAAAACGUACCCGGGCUGCCAAGACUGCCUAAAAAUUUCAGCAGACUGUUUAAUAAAAUAACUGAACACA